AUGGCCAAAAGUAACCCAUCAUCGCAUCAUACCACUCCCUACUGUCAAAUGCGCCUCUUGUAGUCACAUUAGCUCCUCAUAAUGUGUUUUAUGUCAUCACCGGUUGGAAAGACAUGUCUGAAACCAGAGUGAAUUAAAUAAGUCACCACCAAUCCUUUGGGAUCAACGAUUCAGGAUUGCUCGUCGGUUUAUUUCUCACGUGUUCGCAGCCUGCCAACGUGGUGACGGUCCAGCCAUGGCACAGCAGGACGCGCCUGCCAAUAAGGCUGCUGCCCCGAACCUUGCUGCGCUGCACUCCAGCUUCAUCAUCGGCUCUGUGUCGGAAGAGAACUCUGAGGAUGAGAUCCUGGGAAAGCCAGACCUGACGCUGGGACUGGAGGAGAAGGAGCACUCCAUAUCCCCCACUUCUAGCCUCAGCUCAGAGAACAGCACCUACGAGAUGGGCUUCGACCACAUCGACAGCCCCCACAUGAGUAAUUUCAGUUGUUCACACAGACCGAGCAUGUCUGGGCUGCACCUGGUCAAGCAGGGCCGAGACCGGCGUCGCAUCGACCUGCAGAGAGAUUUCACUGUGGCCUCCCCCGCCGAGUUUGUUACCCGCUUUGGUGGGAAUAAGGUCAUCGAGAAGGUCCUCAUUGCCAACAACGGCAUCGCAGCGGUCAAAUGCAUGCGCUCUAUCCGCCGCUGGGCGUACGAGAUGUUUCGCAACGAGCGCGCCAUCCGCUUUGUCGUCAUGGUAACCCCUGAGGACCUGAAGGCCAACGCAGAGUACAUAAAGAUGGCCGACCACUAUGUGCCUGUGCCAGGAGGGACCAAUAACAACAACUAUGCCAACGUGGAGCUCAUUCUGGACAUUGCCAAGCGUAUACCUGUGCAGGCUGUAUGGGCUGGGUGGGGUCACGCCUCAGAGAAUCCCAAAUUGCCAGAGCUUCUCAUGAAGAAUGGCAUUGCCUUCAUGGGUCCUCCUAGCCAGGCCAUGUGGGCACUAGGGGACAAGAUCGCUUCAUCCAUCGUGGCUCAGACAGCUGGCAUCCCAACCCUGCCCUGGAGUGGAGCAGGGCUAACAGUAGAGUGGUCAGAGAGUGACCAGAAGAAGAGGAUCAUCAACGUUCCCCCUGAUCUGUAUGAGCUGGGCUGCAUCCAUGAUGUGGAGGCAGGACUGAAGGCUGCGGAGGUGGUGGGCUACCCAGUGAUGGUGAAGGCCUCCGAGGGAGGUGGAGGAAAGGGCAUCCGCAAAGUCAACUGUGCUGAUGACUUCCCCAACCUCUUCAGACAGGUCCAGACAGAGGUUCCGGGCUCACCCAUCUUCGUGAUGCAGCUGGCCAAACACGCUCGUCACCUGGAGGUCCAGCUCCUGGCCGACCAGUACGGCAACGCCAUCUCCCUGUUCGGCAGGGACUGCUCCGUACAGCGGCGACACCAGAAGAUCAUAGAGGAGGCGCCCGCCACCAUCUCCACCUCAGACGUGUUUGAGGAAAUGGAGAGGUGUGCGGUGAAGCUGGCUAAAAUGGUGGGCUAUGUCAGUGCUGGCACAGUGGAGUAUCUCUACAGCCAAGAUGGCAGCUUCUACUUCCUAGAACUCAACCCUCGUCUGCAGGUGGAACACCCCUGUACUGAGAUGGUGGCCGACGUCAACCUGCCUGCUGCACAGCUGCAGAUUUCCAUGGGGAUCCCCUUGCACCGUAUCAAGGACAUCAGAUUGAUGUAUGGUGUCCAGCCCUGGGGAGACUCUAUGAUUGACUUUGAGGGUCUGUCCACGGCCCCCUCCCCACGGGGACAUGUCAUCGCUGCCCGCAUCACCAGUGAGAACCCUGAUGAAGGUUUCAAGCCGAGCUCAGGCACAGUGCAGGAGCUGAACUUCCGCAGUAACAAGAAUGUGUGGGGAUACUUCAGUGUGGCCGCGGCCGGAGGCCUGCAUGAGUUUGCAGACUCCCAGUUUGGCCACUGCUUCUCCUGGGGAGAGAACCGAGAGGAGGCAAUCUCUAACAUGGUGGUGGCCUUGAAGGAGCUGUCGAUCAGAGGAGACUUCAGGACCACAGUGGAGUACCUCAUCAAGCUGCUAGAGACUGAGAGCUUCCAGCACAACACCAUCGACACAGGCUGGCUGGACAGGCUCAUCUCAGAGAAGAUGCAGGCAGAGCGUCCUGACACCAUGCUGGGCAUAGUGAGCGGGGCGCUCCACGUGGCUGACGUCAACCUGAGGAACAGUGUCUCCAACUUCCUGCACUCUCUAGAAAGAGGCCAGGUGCUGCCCGCGCACACUCUUCUCAACACAGUUGAUGUGGAAUUGAUCUAUGAGGGUACUAAGUAUUAUCUGAAGGUGACGCGUCAGUCACCCAACUCUUACGUGGUCAUCAUGAACAGCACCUCGGCCGAGGUGGACGUCCACCGCCUCAGCGACGGGGGCCUGUUGCUCUCCUACGACGGCAGCAGCUACACCACCUACAUGAAGGAGGAGGUGGACCGCUACCGUAUCACCAUUGGGAACAAGACGUGUGUGUUUGAGAAGGAGAACGACCCGUCGGUGCUUCGCUCGCUCUCAGCAGGGAAGCUCAUCCAGUACACCGUGGAGGACGGGGGGCACGUGUUCUCUGGCCAGUGUUACGCUGAGAUAGAGGUGAUGAAGAUGGUGAUGACUCUGACGGCGCUGGAGUCUGGCUGUAUCCACUAUGUGAAGAGGCCCGGUGCCGUGCUGGAGCCUGGCUGUGUCAUCGCCAAGCUGCAGUUAGAUGACCCUAGCAGGGUCCAACAGGCGGAGUUGUACCACGGGGCGCUGCCCGUCAUCCAGGCAGUGGCGUUGAGAGGAGAGAAGCUCCACAGGGUCUUCCACAGCACCCUGGACCACCUUGUGCACGUCAUGAAUGGCUUCUGCCUGCCUGAACUCUUUUUCAGUGGAAAGCUAAAGGAAUGGGUGGAGACGCUGAUGAAGACUCUUCGGGACCCCUCCCUGCCUCUGUUGGAGCUGCAGGACAUUAUGACCAGUGUGUCAGGCCGGAUCCCCCUCGCUGUGGAGAAGUGCAUCAAGAAGGAGAUGGCCCAGUACGCCAGCAACAUUACCUCUGUGCUCUGCCAGUUCCCCAGCCAGCAGAUUGCCAACAUCCUGGACAGUCAUGCUGCCACUCUGAACAGGAAGUCAGAAAGAGAGGUGUUCUUCAUGAACACUCAGAGCAUCGUACAGCUGGUGCAGAGGUACCGCAGUGGCAUCCGUGGUCACAUGAAAGCCGUGGUGAUGGACCUGCUUAGACAGUACCUCAAAGUAGAGGUCCAGUUCCAGAAUGGACACUACGACAAGUGUGUGUUCACACUGCGUGAGGAGAACAAGGGCGACAUGGCCAACGUGUUAAACUACAUCUUCUCACACGCCCAGGUCACCAAGAAGAACCUCCUGGUCACGAUGCUCAUUGACCAGCUGUGUGGUCGUGACCCCACCCUGACUGACGAGCUGAUGGCCAUUCUGACAGAGCUCACCCAGCUCAGCAAGACCACCAAUGCCAAGGUGGCACUGCGUGCCCGCCAGGUGCUGAUCGCCUCCCACCUCCCCUCCUACGAGCUCCGCCACAACCAGGUGGAGUCUAUCUUCCUCUCUGCCAUCGACAUGUACGGGCACCAGUUCUGCAUCGAGAACCUGCAGAAACUGAUCCUGUCCGAGACGUCCAUCUUUGAUGUGCUGCCUAACUUCUUCUACCACAGUAACCAGGUGGUCAGGAUGGCUGCCCUAGAGGUGUACGUACGUAGAGCCUACAUCGCCUACGAGCUCAACAGCGUCCAGCACAGACAGCUAAAGGACAACACCUGCAUCGUCGAAUUCCAGUUCAUGCUGCCUACCUCCCACCCCAACAGGAUGUCGUUCUCGUCCAACCUGAACCACUACGGCAUGGUACACGUGGGCAGCGUGAGUGACGUCCUCCUGGACACUUCCUUCACCCCACCCUGCCAGCGCAUGGGAGCCAUGGUCUCCUUCCGCUCCUUCCAGGAGUUCACCAGGAACAUUAAAGAUGUGAUGAGCUGUUUCUGUGACUCUCCUCCUCCCAGCCCCACCUUCCCAGAGGGAGGGAACCCUGUGCUCUAUGGAGAGGAGGACACCAAGAGUAUCCAAGACGAGCCCAUUCACAUCCUCAACGUGGCCAUCAAGACUGACAGUGACAUCGAUGACGACGGCCUGGCCGCCAUGUUCCGGGAGUUCACCCAGACAAAGAAAUCCCUGCUGUUUGAACAUGGCAUCCGCAGGCUGACCUUCCUGGUAGCUCAGAAGAGAGAGUUCCCCAAGUUCUUCACCUUCCGGUCCAGAGACAAGUUUGAGGAGGACAGGAUCUACCGUCACUUGGAGCCAGCGCUGGCCUUCCAGCUGGAGCUGAACCGCAUGCGUAACUUUGCCCUGACCGCCAUCCCCUGUGCCAACCACAAGAUGCACCUGUACCUGGGCGCUGCCCGCGUGGAGGUGGGCACAGAGGUCACCGACUACCGCUUCUUUGUCCGGGCCAUCAUCCGUCACUCAGACCUGGUCACCAAGGAGGCUUCUUUUGAGUACCUCCACAACGAGGCAGAGCGUCUGCUGCUGGAGGCCAUGGACGAGCUGGAGGUGGCCUUCAACAACACCACCGUACGCACCGACUGCAACCACAUCUUCCUCAACUUUGUCCCCACCGUCAUCAUGGACCCCUCCAAGAUUGAGGAGUCUGUGCGCUCCAUGGUGAUGCGUUACGGCAGUAGGCUGUGGAAGCUCCGGGUGCUCCAGGCUGAGCUGAAGAUCAACAUCCGGCUGACGCCCACGGGCAAACAGAUCCCCAUCCGUCUGUUCCUCACCAACGAGUCAGGCUACUACCUGGACAUCAGCCUGUACAAGGAGGUCACCGACUCCCGUACCGGACAGUUGGGGCCUAAAGACCGACAGAUCAUGUUCCAGGCGUAUGGGGACAAACAGGGACCUCUGCAUGGCAUGCUCAUCAACACCCCCUAUGUGACCAAGGACCUGCUGCAGUCCAAACGCUUUCAGGCGCAGUCCCUGGGCACUACGUACGUCUACGACUUCCCUGAGAUGGUCAGACAGGCUCUAAAGAAGCUGUGGCAGACCACCCAAACCUUCGCCCACCUGCCCAAAUGCCCUUUGCCCUCUGAGCUGCUCACCUUCACAGAGCUGGUCCUGGACCCACAGGGACAGCUGGUGCAGAUGAACCGUCUACCAGGAGGGAACGAGAUUGGCAUGGUGGCCUGGCGGAUGACGCUCAGGACCCCGGAGUACCCGGCAGGGCGUGAGAUCAUUGUGAUCAGUAAUGACAUCACACAUAAGAUUGGUUCGUUUGGGCCGCAGGAGGACCUGCUGUUCCUGCAGGCCUCGGAGAUGUCCAGGGAGAGUGGCAUCCCUCGUAUCUACAUCUCUGCCAACAGUGGUGCCCGCAUCGGCCUGGCAGAGGAGAUCAGACACAUGUUCCAUGUGGCCUGGCAGGACAUGGAAGACCCCUACAAGGGCUUCAAGUACUUGUACUUGACCCCUCAGGACUACAAGAAAGUGUCUGCCCUGAAUUCUGUUUACUGUGAACACAUAGAGGACAAGGGAGAGUCCAGGUACAAGAUCACUGACAUCAUCGGGAAAGAUGACGGUCUGGGGGUGGAGAACCUGAAGGGCUCCGGGAUGAUCGCAGGAGAGUCCUCUCUGGCCUACGACGAGGUCAUCACCAUGAACCUGGUGACGUGUAGAGCCAUAGGCAUCGGAGCCUACCUGGUCAGGCUGGGUCAGAGAACCAUUCAGGUGGAGAACUCCCACAUCAUUCUCACUGGUGCUGGAGCUCUCAACAAGGUGCUGGGUAGAGAGGUGUACACCUCCAACAACCAGCUGGGUGGGAUUCAGAUCAUGCACAACAACGGUGUGACCCACAGCACUGUGUGUGAUGACUUUGAGGGAGUCCACAUGCUGCUGCACUGGCUCUCCUACAUGCCCAAGGACCGAUCUAGUCCUGUGCCCAUCAUCAAUGCCAAGGACCCCAUAGACCGGCUGGUGGAGUUUAUGCCCACCAAGGCCCCCUAUGACCCCCGCUGGAUGUUGGCAGGACGCCCCAGCCAGACUCCAAAGGGCCCGUGGCAGAGUGGGUUCUUUGACCAUGGCUCGUUCUCAGAGAUCAUGCAGCCGUGGGCUCAAAGUGUGGUGGUGGGCAGAGCCAGGCUUGGUGGCAUACCUACUGGAGUGGUUGCUGUGGAAACCAGAUCAGUGGAGCUGUCAAUCCCAGCCGAUCCAGCAAACCUGGACUCUGAAGCCAAGAUCAUCCAGCAGGCAGGCCAGGUGUGGUUCCCUGACUCUGCGUUUAAGACGGCACAGGCCAUCAAGGACCUGAACCGCGAGGGCCUCCCUCUCAUGGUGUUCGCCAACUGGAGGGGCUUCUCUGGAGGCAUGAAAGACAUGUAUGACCAGGUGCUGAAGUUUGGAGCCUACAUCGUGGAUGGGCUGAGAGAGUACCGCCAGCCUGUUCUGGUAUACAUCCCUCCCCAGGCAGAGCUGAGAGGGGGGUCCUGGGUGGUCAUAGACCCCACCAUCAACCCCCGCCACAUGGAGAUGUACGCUGACAAAGACAGUCGUGGUGGAGUGUUGGAGCCAGAGGGGACAGUAGAGAUCAAGUUCAGGAAGAAGGACCUGGUGAAGACCAUGAGAAGGGUGGACCCGGUCUACAUGGGCCUGGCAGAGAGACUGGGUACCCCAGAGCUUGGCCUGCCAGAGAGGAAGGAGCUGGAGACCAAACUGAAGGAGCGGGAGGAGUUCCUGUUACCCAUCUACCACCAGGUGGCCGUGCAGUUCGCCGACCUCCACGACACCCCGGGACGCAUGCAGGAGAAGGGCGUCAUUACGGAUAUCCUGGAGUGGCGGACAUCACGUCACUUCUUCUACUGGCGUCUGAGGCGUCUGCUGCUGGAGGACACGGUCAAGAGGAAGAUCCAGGUGGCCAACAGCGAGCUGACCGAUGGACAGGUCCAGGCCAUGCUGAGACGCUGGUUCGUAGAGGCUGAGGGGACCGUCAAGGCUUAUCUAUGGGACAGCAAUGAGGAGGUAGUGGAGUGGCUGGAGAAGCAGCUGAAGGAGGAGGAGGGCGCCAGGUCUGUCAUCGACGAGAACAUCAAGUACAUCCAGGACCACAUCCUCAAGCAGAUCCGCAGCCUGGUCCAAGCAAACCCUGAGGUUGCCAUGGAUUCCAUUGUGCACAUGACGCAGCACAUCUCCCCUACACAGCGUGCUGAGGUGGUCCGCAUCCUGUCCACCAUGGAUGCCGCCCCGGCCGCCACCUAGAGGGCCUCUCCUCUCCCCAGCAUGGCCCCACUGUCUCAGGUGCAGUGGAACUGUGCCAGAAACUGGGGCUGGUGGAGCCAACAUGGCAGGCCACGGAGGCUGUGCUAUUACUGAUGAAAAUGUUGUCAAUGAUCCUGGAGGGAGGGGGAGAGCUGAGACACAGGGUAAUGGAUUUAUUUAUUCGUAUGAUGUCCAGGGUAAUGCAUUUAUACGUCUUACAGAAUGUGUUAGUUGUGAUAUCUAUGUAAGUACAAAAAUGAUAGACAAAGCCAAGACCAGAAACUAUAUACUGUAUAACUAACAUGAAUGAUAAGCUUGGGGACCACACAAUUGGCCAAGGUGGAAGCAGCUCUUCAUUUGCAAUCAUAUAAUGAGCCUCUGUCCUAUUGGACAGGAAAACAUGCAUUGGGUUUGAGUGUUUUGAUGGCGAUCUUGACAAUAAAAUUGCAGCAGAUUGCUGGGAGGGUUCACGAGGGUGGAGGGUUUGCACACCUUUGCACGGCGCACUUAAUUACUGAUUAAACCCAGGGUAGGAGGUAGAGCGUGGCAUUGUGAUGGGGAUAGCAGGUCGUUCUGCCCUGGGCCUGGAGAGAAGAGACCAGCAGGAGGCAAGAAGAGGGCCCUAUUCAGACCCAACCACCCCCACACAGGCCCUGGGGUGAGCCAUUGGGCAGGCAGGCACACUGAUGCGGAUAGAAUAGCAGCUGUCAGCACCUCUCUGAAUGCACCUUACUGUUCUAUGACUUCCAUUAGGCUUCAGCACAGCUUGUUUUGUAGUAUACUAAAAGACUGACACAAAAGCAGACACUAAUGGUGCCAUAAUGGUUAAGAAUUCCAUUUUUUUCCUCCCAUGGGGUAUAUUUUUUAACAAUAUGUAAAACAUUUAGGUGACUAAUUUAUUAAAAUGGCAAUCAUGUUAAAGAGAACUAAGUAGUGUACACUAUAAUUAUACAUUCAGUAUUACAAAAGGUGUGCUUUUAAAAUGUUCUGUAAAUUUUAGUUUGUUUUGUGACGUACUUUCCAAGGAGAAAAUGGGUCGUCACUAGUUAGCACAGCCAAAAAGUCAUUAUGGCUAAAACCUUGCGUAUUUCUACAAGUUUUAACCACAUGCCUAACCUUAAAGACCAAAAAGCUACAAUAUAGCCAUUUUGACUUUGUGGCUGUGGUAACUAGUGACACAGAAAAUGAUAGUAUUGUGUAAACUUGGUUAUGCUCAUUGAGGAACAGUGAUGGAUCCUGUAGUUUCUUUAUGGCAAAGUGAUGGUGGCCUAGCUGCUGGAGAGCCUCAAAUUUAACAUAAUAUUUGAUUCAAUGUAAGGUAAUUGUAUUUUGCAAUGUAGGAUGACUUCAUGCACAGUGCUAGUCUUAAGUUCUAUUUGUCUAUUGCUGGUAGUCCUGUUACUAAUGAGGUGAUUGGCUGAAUGAGAAAGGUGAAUGUGUUUACUGUAGUGAACUAGAAUUAUUUAAAUUUAAUAAAAUAAAACUUACCUGGUUUGA